AUGUCAAGCCCAAUGAACGCCCGCGAUGCAGCCAGUAAAUCUUCGCUCUCUGUCGUCCUGCGCAAGUUCAGUGUUCUUGCGCAGCGGCCCGAACCGAAGAAGUAUCCGCCGAUCUCUUCUAUCCCUCGUACAUCAGCUGCACGUCUAGCUCAAGCUGCUGAGGAUCAUAUCAUCGAUCGAGACCAUCCUGCGCCAAAGACGUAUCUGUAUCUCGCUUAUGGAUCUAACCUCGCCGCCGAGACAUUUCUGGGCGUUCGUGGCAUUAGACCUCUGUCUCAGGUGAACGUGUCGGUGCCGACGUUGGAGCUUAAGUUCAACCUUCCUGGAAUUCCUUAUCGCGAGCCAUGCUUUGCGAACGUCGAUUACAGAAAGCUUCCUGAGAAGCCAAAGCUGCCUCCCAAGGUGCCAGUUCCACCUUUUGAGCCUCCGCAGCCACCACACUCUGAGGAGAUUAGAUGGGAUGAAGGUCUUAUCGGUGUGGUCUACGAGGUGACAGAGGAGGAUUACCGCACCAUCAUCCGCACUGAAGGUGGCGGGGCUGGUUACAAAGAGAUUGUUGUGCCUUGCAUACCAUUGCCUCCCAAGAUGUCCAUUCCCGAGAAGCCAUUUCCUGAUAUCCCUCGACCCUUUCUGUCAAGAACACUUUUUGCGCCACAGAUUCCUGACAAGGACUUGCCUGAUGACCCUCGCAAACACAAGUGGUGGUAUCGCUUUCUACUCGGUCCUCAACGUGAACCUGGCUACGCACAAGCCAGUGCUCGAUAUCUCAAUCUCAUCAAAGACGGUGCCCAGGAACAUGAACUCCCCGAUGGGUAUCAGCGUUACCUGCACUCACUACAGCCAUACACGAUAACGACGUUGAGACAGAGGAUAGGAGCAUUCUUUUUCCUGUUCUUCACUGUCUUUUUCUUCGGCACGGUCAUUCUUCUGUCCAAGUUUCUGGCUGACAAGCGCGGCAGAGUGCCCCAGUGGUUGGCUGUCACCAUGACUGUGAUGUUCACUGUGGCCUGGAUGGUUUACGAUAAUGUUUUCAAGCCUGUUUUUGGAAAUGGUGAGAGGACUGAAGAGAAGGACGAGAGGAAAUCGCACGGGCGGAAACGUUCUCUGUCGGCCAUGCUUAAUCACUUCCCAUCGGCAGAUGAGGAGAAGGUGGAAUUAUUGGGCGAGUAUAACUGA